GAAUUGCUGGUUUUUAUUGCCCCCCCCCCCUUUUUUUUUCAUUCAGCUCUCUGGAGCGACCCUUACACAGCUGUUGAGCAACCGACACCAUGUCACAACGCCCCACGACUGGGAUGCGCCUCGGCACUGGCCGCAUCGGCACGGCUGCCCGGCGCGGCACAGCCGGUAUCCGCAUCGGCACGGGCCGGGUCGGCACGGCUCGGCUGGGCACCGCCGCUCGUGCUGUGGCGGGUGGCGUCCUCACCACCCAGGUGGCAGUGGGACAUCGACCUAUGACCCAACAAGGCCUUGGCGGAACGCAGCGCCUGGCAACACAGGCUGGCCAAGGACGUGUUGUUUUAGAUGAAACCUACUUUCUCGGCGCCCUGCGCUCCAAGAGCUCAGAACUCAGCAAUGAGAUCAACCGCAUGCGCGAUGAAAUUGCCAAGUUUGAACGCCAGGCUGACUCAUAUGUAGCAUUUGAAAAGAAGGCCGAAAAAUUGGCCGCCGAAAUCAAGGGUCUUCAAGGCCAGCUUGCCGAUACCAACCUCCUCCUUGACCACCUGCGCACCAACACGGACAUGGCUGACGUAGCGGAGGAUCGCAAGGAGCUCAAGGCAGCCAACGACAUCAAGCAAGCCGAAAUUGACAAGAUUUUUACCGAACGCCAAACCUUGGAGCGCCAAGUCAAGACUGUGGAGGAAGAGAUGGAACGUCAAAAGUCAGCCGAUGACGCUCUGACCGAGAACAUGACCCCAGACCAACGCGCCCGGUAUGACGAGCUCAAGGCUGCCAGCACUGAAUACAAAGCCAAGGCCGAAGCCCAGCAAACGCAACUGGAGGAUUUGACCAAAACGCUGGAGCAGCUGGAGCGCGAACUGGCCUCUGCACCACUCAAGCGCGAGGCCGUGGCCUUGACCGAUCAGCUUGCCGCUCUCAAGCAGAAAGAAGCCACCCUCAUGGAGCAGAUUGAGCAAGAAAAGGCCGAGUCGCCCGAACAGCAGCGUGAGCGCCUUCUGACUCAGGUGAAGACGGACAACCAGGACAUUGCAGCCAUGGAGCGCAAAAUGGGUGAGGCCCAGCGCGAGAUUGACCGUCUGACCACUGAGCUUGACGAGAUGGAAGAAGGGGAUGCUCAAGAAGACGAGGAGAAGCGCCAAAAAUACCAGCAAUUGGUCAAGCAUGACCAAGAAAUGAAUGAGUUUAUGUCAUCUUUCGAGGCCACCAUGGCCGACGCCACCGAGCGCGUUGAGGAGCGUGAGCAACACGUGCAGGAGCUCUUGGAAGCCAUCUCGCGCCACAUGGAUCAUGCCAAGCAGUUGCCAAGCACCGAGGAUCACACGCACCUGCGCGAUGAUCUGGCGUUCAAGGAGCGAGAAAUGCAGCGCUCCGAAGCGACUGCGCAGAGUUUGGAGGGCAAGCGCGCGGGUCUGGCACGCGAUUUGCGUAAUGUGGAACAGAUUGAAGAUAAGAUUGCCUCGGAGAUGGCUGAGCUGAAGGAACAACUUCGCACCAUGCGAGAGGAAUUGGUGGUGUACUCGGAUACGGACCGCCUGACGCGGGACAUUGAGGAGGAACGUCGGGCGCUUGCGCAGGAGAAGCGCCGCUGCAUGGUCCGCAAGGAAGCCGUCAAGCGCGUCGUGCAGGAGCUGGCUGCCCAACACGAGAAACUCAAAGCCCAGAUGCAGAAAAACGAAACAUGGACCCAAUUGCUCAACCUUGAAAAGAAAUGGCAGCACUACGAAAAGAACAAUUUUGUGAUGCGCGACAUCAUUGCCAGCAAAACGAAGGAGGCAGAUCAUGAAGCAGCAGCAGGUCGCGUGCGCGGCGUUAUGCAGUCCCUGCAGGAAAAGCUGCAAGUUCAGUAUGCUUAGGCAUACACGUACCGUUUGGUCUCCAACAUUAGGCUGGGCUUUUGACUGUCAAUUGAGGUGCCCAUGCCCAUCUAAUCACACACACCCCUGUAGUUGCCUCAUCUAAAUCUAUGAUGAAAGUAC